GCUGUUGGUUGGAUCGGUGUUAUCUGCCUCUGACGUGUCGUAUGUGUGUGUGACUGUGGUUGCCAGGAUUGAAGAAUACCCGACUUCAGCAGAAUAUUUUAUUCGGUAUCAUGGACUUGUAAGUGUUUGUUCAGAAGAGUAACUUUCGCAUUGUGAGGAAGGGGAUUGCACCAAUGCGAUUAUACACGCUCUCAAAGAGGCACUUUGUCCUGGUGUUUGUUGUGUUCUUCAUCUGUUUUGGGCUGAUAGUUUUUAUUGGCAUAGCUGGUCCAGAAAUUAUUGUAUCCAGAGCCUUGCCACCAAUUUCAUCCAAAAGCAAAGGUCAUCUGUCUAGCCCUUUAAAGCUGCAAACACCUGGCUUGUCGACAUACAAUCAAGAACUAUGGUUAAUGUGCCGCUUUGAACCCAACAAGUCCACAGGUGAAGAAUUCAGGAAAAAUAUCCCAAUGAUGGUUGCAGUAAGUGGAGUCAUGCAAGACACCAGUGUGCCAAACAUCAGAGUGGAUGCCCACAAUCAUACCCGGUCACUACAUUGUACAAAUGGGCUCUGUGAUGAAAUAAUUGUACUACACCUCGGUUAUCUGAACUAUACUGAAUACGUGAUUACCGUCACCUUCUAUGACCUAGAAAAUCCUCGGUUUUCAAUCAAGAAUGUAAAUUUCACUUUGAAGAUGUAUAAUGCCUUAUUUUCCCAAGUGGAAAUCUGGUUCCGAUUCAUCUUUGUUGUUUUCACGUUCAUGGUCACAUGUUUGUUUGCUCACUCUUUGAGGAAGGUUUCAUUGAAAGACUGGUCAAUUGAGCAGAAAUGGAUGUCCAUCUUACUGCCUUUGUUGCUGCUUUAUAAUGAUCCGUUCUUCCCUCUUUCAUUUCUUGUCAACAGCUGGUUCCCAGGAAUGCUUGAUGACCUAUUCCAGGCAAUCUUUCUGUGUGCAUUGCUACUGUUUUGGCUCUGUGCUUACCAUGGAUUUCGUGUGCAGGGAGAGAGAAAGUUCAUGACUUUCUAUUUGCCUAAGCUGUUUAUUGUUGGUCUCCUUUGGUUGGCUGCAGUGACACUUGGGAUUUGGCAGACAGUUAACGAAUUACAUGACCCGUCAUACCAGUACAGAGUGGACACAAGCAACUUCCAGGGAAUGCAAGUUUUCUUCCUGAUAGUGGGUUCCUUGUAUAUGUUAUACCUUGUCUUCCUGGUUGUGAGGGCCUGCUCUGAACUGAAAAACAUGCCAUACUUUGAUCUCCGGCUGAAAUUUUUGACUGGGCUAACAUUUAUUGUGUUGGUAAUCAGCGUUAUAAUACUAUACCUGAGAUUUGGAGCAAAGGUCCUGCAAGACAAUUUUGUAGCUGAACUUUCAACUCAUUACCAGAACUCAGCUGAAUUUUUAUCUUUCUAUGGGCUGCUGAACUACUACCUGUACACAUUAGCAUACGUCUAUUCCCCCUCGAAGAGUGCCAUGUAUGAAUCCCAGCAAAAGGAUAACCCAGCCUUUUCCAUGCUGAAUGAUUCUGAUGAUGAUGUGCUUUAUGGGAGUGAUUAUGAAGAAAUGCCUCUACAAAAUGGCCGUGUUAGUAAAUCGAAGUACAAGGAUGAGUCUGACAGUGACUGAAGUGCACCUUCAAAGGACUGAUUGUUAGCAAGAACACAUACCUGAAAAUGGGUGGAAUUGAUUUUUCUUCAAUUUUUCAUGCUGCUAUCCACUUAGCUCAAUUUUGUAACUACAGUCAUGUCAUUGUGACUUAAUAAGUAAAGAUUUAACAGGUUUCAUUCUCCAUCUUGCUCUAUCCUUAUCCGAUACCAUGUGAGCAAAGGAACAGACAUAUAUGCAGAUGAUAAGGGUUUUCUUCUUCCCAAGCAAAAAAGAUUAUAUUAGUUUUUUUUAAACUUAGAAAUCUUUUAAGCUUCUAAACAUUUGUACCUUGUGAACAAGUAUUGUGUCAUGAAUGUUUGUGGUGUUAACUUGUUUCUAAUUUAGGGAGAAAACUACAAAGCAUUCACAGCUCUAAAGUAGGGUUUCAGUGUGAUGCUUCUGAAACAAAAAGAUUAGAGUGCUGCUUUGUAAACAAGGUUACUUUUUCAUUUUUAAAAUCCAAGAAUUUAUUAAGAAAAUAAAUUGUGCAGUGGAACGAGGCUGUAGUUCCAGUCUCUGCCAACAUCAACAUAAAUCUAAAAUAUCUUAUGAUUUACUUUUCAAAAAUACUAAUUAAGUUUAGAAUUUCAGCCCCUGUUUUAGUUAAUGCUGCUUUUAAUAUGUGGUUGUAUAUUGUACUUCUGUUAAAUAAGAAUUACAGUGCCACUGUUUGAGAGCUGAUAUCUACAAGUAUUUGUAGGAGUUAAUUUGCUCUUAUCAAGUAUUUGUGGUGUGUUAUUAUUUUGGAGCAAAUAUUGUGACAGAAGUAAAAAUCAACCUCCCUUGCCCCAUUUUAGUAACUCUGACUAUGAAUCUGUUGUGGGAUUUCUGGGCUGGCUGAUUCUUUCAUUUAAUUUACUACUUGAUCGUAAUCAAACUUUAAGAAGUGUUUCACUACAAUAUUAACUCCAUAUUACUAAUGUAAAUAUCGAAAAUUGAAAUUGUGAAUGCUUAUAUUCUCUUCCCCCAUUCUCUGUUUUAAGUAAUUGUUGUUUUACCCUCACUAAUUAAAUCUUUUCUAUAUUUACUAACUAUUUGUUUUUGAUGGAAAUUAAAACAUUUGCUGACAUCUUUUCUAACCGUUAACAAGCAGAAAUAAUUUAAAGAUAGUAUUGUCAUAGCAUUCCAUUGUGUUGAAUUGAGCAACCCAGAGUUUGGUCUUGGUUUAUAGCAUACAACAAUGAAGGAAAAUACAUUAAAUUUAUAUUAUUUACAUUGUAUCUUGGCUAUAUCUAAGGAAAAUGAAACUGUAUACGUUGUACCUUUUCUCCCUCGAAGGCAUUCAGAAACACUUCAUAACCAAUAAAAUACUUUGGAAGCAGA